GGCGCCAUCAGUGUGACGAAAAUUACUCGACGAGGACGUCUUCGUCUUCGCCGCGGUGAGGGAAAUAUUCAUUUCUCUCCUGAACAUAUUUAAGGGUGGGUCCCAGACAUUUUUAUAUAUGGAAAAAACGGUUCUGCAUACAGAUAAGCAGUAUUGUUAACUAAAUAAUACAAUACCGAAGAAAUAAUAUCAUCAGUGUCAGUGUGUGUUGCUUUCUCGGCGUGAAUAGGGCGUACCCUGGAGUUUUUUAAGAGAAAAAAAAAAACGAGUGAUUUUUGAUUAUUGAAGUUGAGACAUUUUAAAUUCCAUAUAGAAUUAUCAUUUGAAGAAUAAAAAAAAGAAACCGCUCGUUGGAUGAAUAAUAAUAUCGUCAGUGGAAAUAUCUCCCUUUCCCCUAUACCCCGUAUCCAUUUCGUUCCUCUUUCCCCAUAACGGCUCCCCCAUAAAGUCUAUACAGCAGUUCAUGGCUGCUUUAUAAAGAGGGGGGAAAACAAGCGGCCCUGUCUGCUUGAAAUUGGAGUACUUUAUGAAGGAAUAUGUCAAGUUUAAAAAUCGUAACGGAUGGAUCCUGAAUCAAGAAAUCAGAUGGUGUAUCAAGAUUAAAAAAAAUUUUGCCCAAAAAAAAAAAAAAGCUAAAUAAUGAAUGCCUGGUGCACUUGUGCUGUUGACACAACAAAAGCAGAUUUACAAUUCUUUCAAGUAGUACGUGAGUAGCGGAACUCACACAACAAUUGUCGAUUGUAUAAAUCAUUCCUGUUUUUUCGCACAUGGCAGCCAUGAAGCAUGGUAAAACAAGUCAAGACGACGUGUGUUACGUUGUCGCAAAAUAUGAUUAUGAAGCACAAGGUGCACAGGAAUUGGAUCUUCGAAAAAAUGAAAGAUAUCUUUUAUUGGACGAUUCAAAACAUUGGUGGCGUGUUCAAAGUGCAAGAGGACAAGCUGGCUAUGUACCAAGUAAUUAUGUGAAAAAAGAAAAACCCUCAAUAUUUGAUAGUAUCAAGAAAAAAGUGAAAAAAGGCUCAGGUUCAAAAACAUUGCCAACAAGUAAUUCACCGUCCCGUGCUGUUGAAUCGCCAAUAAUGGCAAGGCGAUUACCAGCCGAUCCUAGUGAAGCAAUUGGUACAGCUGUUGUUAAAUAUAAUUAUCAAGCGCAACAAGCCGAUGAAUUAUCAUUGGUUAAAGGUACGCGUAUUCUUAUAUUGGAAAAAAGUAAUGAUGGCUGGUGGCGUGGACAAAGUGGCAAUCAAGCUGGAUGGUUCCCAUCGAAUUAUACACAAGAGGAAGGCGAUGCCGAUGAUACGUUACAUACAUAUGCAAUGGCUGAAAAUGUACUUGAUAUUGUUGUUGCAUUAUAUUCAUUUUCAUCGAAUAACGAUCAGGAAUUGUCAUUUGAAAAAGGUGAUCGUUUAGAAAUACUCGAUCGUCCACCAGCUGAUCCUGAAUGGUAUAAGGCGCGCAAUGGUCAUGGACAAAUUGGUCUUGUUCCACGUAAUUAUUUACAGGAGCUUAGUGAAUAUUUAACGCAACCAUAUCGCGAGCGAGGAAUAACAAACAAUGAAAUGGGAGUUGUUGGAGGUGGAGGUGUUGUUGGCGAUUCAUUGGAAAGAAGGCCCGAUCCUGGCGAUAGGCCACAUCUUGUUGGUAAACCUUGGUAUUAUGGAAGAAUUACACGUUUACAAUGUGAUUCGUUGCUUAAUCAACAUGGACACGAUGGAGAUUUUUUAAUACGAGACAGCGAAACCAAUAUGGGAGACUAUUCGGUAUCAUUAAAAGCACCGGGACGUAAUAAACAUUUUAGGGUACAUGUGGAAGGCGCAUUAUAUUGUAUUGGACAGAGGAAAUUUCACACGUUGGAUCAACUCGUUGAUCAUUAUCAAAGAGCGCCAAUUUAUACGAAUAAACAAGGCGAAAAACUUUAUCUGGUGCGGCCUCUGCCAAAAGGCAAUCCCAGUAGUAACGGCUGUUAGAUUUUUUUUUUUCUUUCUGUUUGAUAAUCUCAUUAACAAAAAAAUAUAAUUUGUCCUCAGCAAAAAAAUUCGAGCGCUUUAGGGUAUUAACAUGAUACCUAUCUAGUUAAUAAAAAUAUCGAUAUCAUCUCUCGUACAUUUAUACAUUAACAUAAUUUUUUGUCAAGUAUAAUAUUAGUGUGUCAUAAUUUUUUUUUUCUACCCUCAAAAUAAUAAUUUAUUACUGUAAGUAAUAAUAAUAAUAAUAUAAUAAUGGUAAUGUACUACAAAUCGACGCUUCCGAACAAAUUAGCAAAAUAUGGCAGCUAAAGAAGAAUUUUUGACUUUUUUUUUUUAGAAUUAUUUGUAUACCAAAUUUUUAACACAUUCUUUUUAUACAUUUAUUACUCGUAAUAAAAAUAUAAAUAUAGCCUUCAAGUAUAACGAACAAGUAACGAUAGUUGUAAUACGAUCUUACCAGUAAUAAGUUAAAAAAACAAAGACUAAGUGUUCAUUUGUGAUUUUGUAUUUAUUAGAAAAUUUCUAAGCGAAUAAAAUAUUUAAGUGUGCACUAUUAA